CAGUUCAGAGCGUCGUCCUGCAUAAGUCAUAAUGGUCGUAAGACUCCUAUGUAUGUUGUGUUGGUGUGCGCUGCUGCCUCGAUGGUUGGAUGCAAAGUCGUUACUGAUUGGGAUAAAACAAAAAGAACUUACUCCAGUGAGAAUAGCCCCAGAAAAGGCAAACGAUUUUCUCUCAAGCCUCCGACCGCGUCGCAGUUUAGACCCGCGCUGGCACCGUCAGCCGCCAGACUUUCAGGCAUACUAUCGCUAUUACAGCAGCAUCGGUCACACGGAAGGGCUCUAUGAGAUCGACCGGAUCAGGACGCUCUACCAGCAAAUGCGGCACUUGGAACAUGUUUACGGUCCAAAUGCCUCAUACUACCAGAACAAACUUGGGAUGCCCGUCCUGACACCACUUCCUAAAUGUGAUCCAGCCAAAGACAAAGACUGCAAAACGCCCCCAUCCUCUGCCACAGAGAAAGUUCCUGCCCCUGCCUCAGCCCCAGUUAAAGGUCCUGAUGUUCGACCUCUUUCCCGAGCAGAUGUGAUUUACCUGUGCAAUGCAAAGGACCCUCUCUGUAAGCCACACAUUGUCUACCUGCCCACAGGAUCAGUACCUGUGCUUUGCGAUCCUCGCUACCAUCCCACCUGCAAGCUGGAAGAUCCCCCAAAUUCUCCCACACCCAAGAAAUCUGCCCCUCCACCUCCUGCACCCAUAGUAUAUAAAGCUAUGGAGUACGACUGUGACCCCUACUGGGACCCUGACUGCCUCAUUGACCAUCCACCACGUCCCAUUAAGAGAAAAGCACCGCCACCUCCCCCAAAACCUGAGCCUGAGGAGGAAGAGGAGGAGCAGACUCCGGCCCCAUCUAUCACUGUGGCUAACAAACACCCAUACCCGUACUAUGCUUACCAGUACCCUUAUUAUCCCAACUUUCAGUCUGAGCUGUAUGACCCCAUCCGCUAUGCCUACCCCCCCCCAAAUACUGAUUCUUCUGCACCUAAGUAGACCAUUGUUUACACCAAUCCAAACAAAUAAAAGGUAAGCAGUGUUCUAUGGUGAGGAAUACAAAUCCAGAAAUCAGAUCUCAUUCUUAUGCACACACACACAUAUCCCAGAGGCUUCUUCUGCCUACAUGAGCAGCAGAAGCAAUAAUUAAAACUGCCCCUGCUGUUUAUGUUUUCUUACUUUGUCUUUUUGUUUUUGCUGUAAUACAGUUGCAUGGUUGCGCAACACUGGAAACAGGACAAUUAGAUAACUCAGGGCUAAAACCAUGAGCGUCAUGAGUUUUGAAGCCUGACAAGAUGCCUUAAUUUUGUGACAAGUCUAGAGUUAAAACAUUUCAGACUCAAUUGCCUUUGCUUAUGAACAACCCUCUGUAGGCAGCAUUUUUUUUCUAGCUUGUGUUACAAUACAAAGAUUUGAGAGAAAGUACUCCGUGAUAAUUUGAUAUAAAAUAAAUAUUACAAUUAUGUUAAA